AGAAAACUGGAAAGUUGUUUUGUGGGCGUGGCUGGAAUUAGGUGCGGUCAGGUUUUCUAUGAAGUGGAAAAGCAGGCUGUCUGAGUCUUCAGUCACUUGUUUAGAAAGCUGCUGGAACACGGCUCCAAAUGGCAGACAAGAAGGAAGAGCUGGUGAAGAAGGAGGACGCACAGAAGGAUGAGUUCAGUCUUCCCUGGAGCAAGAAAAAAGACAAAGAUAAGAGUGACAGUAAGGACAAGAAGUCUGACCACAAGGACAAGAAGUCUGAUGACGAGGACAAGAAGUCUGACGACAAGGACAAGAAGUCUAAACACAAGAAUAAAUCAAAGGACAAAGACGAAAAGAAGUCCAAGAAGAAAGGCGAAAAGAAGAAGGGAGACAAAUCAGGCUCUUCUUCAUCUUCCUCCAGCAGUGAUGAGGACUGAUUCUUCCUGAAGACUGGAUUUCAAUUUUAGUGUCUUCACAAUUUUGUCUUCCUGACAGAAAUGUUGAGUUGUGCCAACAUUUCUUUUUGAACGUUCGUUCUCACUCUUCUUGAGCAAAUGCAACUGAUAUGAAUAAAAGUAUCCAUAACCAAAA